AUGUCAACUGCAUUUCUUUCAUGGAGUACAUUCACGGUCGUCCUUUAUUCCACCAGUUACACUGCAGGACUUGAAGAUAUAGCCAAGGAAUUCGAUACCUCAGAAACCUUAGUGACGCUAGGGUUGACCUUAUACCUCAUUGGCCUCGCGAUUGGCUCUGUUAUUCUAGCCCCGCUGAGUGAGAUUGCUAUGAUUUCCAGUGCCCCUGGCUCCAUAUCUGACAUGGUGGAUGAUGAACACCGAGCGUUAGCAUUUUCCAUUUGGAGCAUUGGGCCCUUGAAUGGGCCAGUAUUUGGACCCAUCAUCGGUGGAUACGUAACACAAUACCUAGGCUGGAGAUGGACGAAUUGGCUAUCGAUUAUUUUCAGCGGAGUAGCAUUGAUUUUCAUGUGCCUCAUGAAAGAAACUUACACGCCAGUGCUUCUUCAAAAAAGGGCCGCACGCCUCCGAGAAGAGGAUGAUGAUCCCCGCUGGUGGAGCCGAUACGACCAAAAAGCUUCCUUAAUCUCAGUUCUGAAAAUGAACUUAAGCAGACCAUUCGUCAUGGCAGUCCUGGAACCUAUCUGCAUAUUCUGGAACUUGUACAUCGCCAUCGUCUACGCAAUUCUCUACCUCUGUUUCGUCGCCUAUCCAAUCGUCUUCCGUGAAAUCCGCGGUUGGACGGUUGGAGAAUCCGGCCUCGCCUUCCUCGGCAUCGGCGUCGGCUCCCUCACAACCAUCGCUGUCGAGCCCCUCCUCCGCCGCAUGAUCAACGGCCACAAACUCGACCCGGAGACCGGCAAAGUGCCGCCGGAAUCCAUGGUGUCCGUGGUCUGCAUCGCCGCCAUCCUAGUGCCGGCAGGCGAGCUGUGGUUCGCCUGGACCUGCGCGCCCGCCACCAUCCACUGGAUCGCGCCAAUCCUUGCCGGCAUCCCGUUCGGCAUGGGCAACACCGGCGUCUUCAUCUACGCAUCCAACUACCUAACGUUCAGCUACGGCGUGUACGCCGCCUCCGCGAUGGCGGGCAACUCGGUGAUGCGGAGCGUGUUUGGUGGCGUGCUGCCGCUAGCCGGGCCCGCGAUGUAUGCGAAGCUAGGACCCAAUUGGGCAAGCACACUCCUGGGCUUGCUUGAGGUUAUGAUUAUUCCGAUCCCCUUUGUGUUUUAUAAGUACGGGCAUAAAAUUCGGAUGAAGAGUGCGAUGAUCCGGGCGAUGCAAGCGGAUAAGGCGAAAUUGGCCGGUAAGCGGUCGAAAAAGAGGCGUGAGAACGAUGGAGAGAAAGGCGGGGAGGAAGCGGUGGGAGGUGGCGGUUUGUUGGAGAAGGAGAUAGUUUAA